AUGUCGCACUGGUGCGAUGGCAACACGACACAACAGACAACAAAGGAGGUCAUCCAGCAGCUCUUUUCUUCUGCUCAGUUUGACUGCGGGCGUUUGCCUCGUCUUCCACGGGAUCGCAAUGUUUUACUGUCGCCCAAUCAGCUGACGGUCGUGGGUGGAGCAGUUGAGGCUGGUUAUUAUGGUAAAAAAAAUGAUGACAUCAUCAUCAAACCACCUCCAAAUCUCAUUUUGGAGAAGUUGCUGUUUGAUUACCAGGAGCUCCUCCACAACUCCACCUUCUGUCUGGUGCCUCGGGGUCGACGUCUGGGCUCCUUCCGCUUCCUCGAGUCACUACAGGCGGCGUGUAUCCCCGUGUUGCUGAGUAACGGCUGGGAGCUGCCGUUCUCUGACAUCAUUCAAUGGAACCAGGCGGUCAUCGAGGGAGACGAAAGAUUACUGCUGCAGGUGCCGUCCACAGUGAGAGCAGUCGGGAACGAAAGAGUCCUGGCCCUCCGACAGAAGACCCAGAUGCUGUGGGAAGCCUACUUUUCCUCCGUGGAUAAGAUAGUCCUCACCACGCUGGAGAUCAUUAAGGACCGUGUGUUUUCCCAUAUAUCAAGGAACAAGUACAUGUGGAACUCCCUGCCCGGAGGUCUCCUGGUCCUGCCGGAGUACUCAACUCACCUCGCUCAUUUCCCCUUUUACUACCUGGGAUUAGGGGUCAGUCCUGGUCAGGAGUUCACUGCUGUCAUACAUGCAGUCUCCCCGUUGGUUUCUCAGUCUCAGCCAAUCAUGAAGCUGCUUCAGGUGGUCUCCAAAUCAAAGUACUGCUCACAGAUCAUCAUUCUCUGGAACAGCGAGAAGCCGCCGCCCAGUCGGAGCAAAUGGCCUCCCAUGCCGGUUCCCCUCACUGUGACAGACGGCAGGAGGAAGACCACCAGUCGGUUUCUACCUCACGUUGCCAUAGAGACAGAGGCAGUGCUGAGCCUGGACGAGGAUACAGUCCUGCUGACCAGUGAGGUGAACUUUGCCUUCCUGGUGUGGCGGAGUUUCCCUGAGCGCAUCGUGGGUUAUCCUCCCAGGAGCCACUUCUGGGAUCCCCUGAAGCACGCUUGGGGCUACACCUCGAAAUGGACCAACGACUACUCCAUUGUUCUGACAGGAGCUGCCUUCUAUCACAGGUACUAUCACCAUCUGUUCACCCACUACCUGCCCCAGUCUCUGCGGACCCUGGUGGAUCGUACCUCCAACUGUGAGGACAUCCUCAUGAACUUCCUGGUUUCUGCCGUAACUCACCUGCCACCAAUCAAAGUGGCUCAAAGGAAACAGUACAAAGAGUUGCCCAGCCCACAGGGUACGAAGAGCGUCCCGUGGGCCAACCCAGAGCAUUUCAACCAGCGUCAGGAGUGUGUCAACACCUUCGCCAACUGGUUUGGUUACAUGCCUCUGGUUCACUCUCAAUUUCGCUUGGACCCUGUGCUCUUCAAAGAUCAAGUAUCAGUUCAUCGGAAGAAAUACAAAGACCUGGAGAGGGCAUGAAAUGGACAGAAACACUGGGAGGUCUGGUCUAGUCCAGUGGCCUCUUGGACAGACAAUUGGACCAAUCACAGGUUGACAGUUGAAAUGCGGUACUCAAGGAUGUGGGCAAUUUGGUACGAUCAUCAGGCAGACCCUGGCGGACUGUUCCAGACUAGGUAUGUUUAGAUAUGAAGAAAAAGGGUCCAUGAAGUUUGGAAGGAGAUUGAACAGAUUCUCCCAUCUCCAUGGGUUUGGUGCAACCCCAAAGGAAACCAUUUCCAAGAGUUUCUGUAAAUGGGCCGUCUUACAGAGAAAGAACAAUCUCCUCUGCACAGCACGUAGAGAAACGUGUGAACACUUCUCAUAGCUACCGCGGUGACAGUAAGAAGGAAAUCGGCAGUUUCAUGCCAAAAGCACCCAAGGGAGACUUGUAGUGGUGCCAUGCACUCCAGCUGUCGAUGUGUCUCGAUGUUACUGUGUGGGGGCAGUUGCCAAGGAAACGGAUCAUUUCACAUCAAAAUGCUAAGUGUAAAAUCAAUAAAAAAUGAUUUGUAAAUGCAAA